AUGACGAUGACUACUGGAUGGCCGGUCAAUGUUAGCAGUAGCAAUUCAUUUACAAAUAAUGGACCUCAAUAUCCAACAAGGAAUUAUAGCAAUCUAAAUAGAACUAUUAAUUUGUAUCCAUUAACAAAUUACACUUUUGGUACAAAAGAUGCCCAAUCAGAAAAAGAUCAUUCUGUUCAAGCUCGUUUUCAAAGAAUGCGUGAAGAAUACGAUAAAGUUGGUAUGAGACGUUCUGUUGAAGCUGUUUUGUUAGUUCACGAACAUUCUUUGCCUCAUGUUUUGCUUUUACAAAUUGGCUCUACUUUUUUCAAAUUGCCUGGCGGUGAAUUAGGUGCAACUGAAAAUGAAGUGGAUGGAUUGAAGAGAAUUCUGAGUGAUACUCUUGGAAAAGAAGAUACUCCAAAAAGUCAAUGGAUUGUUGAAGAUACAAUAGCUAAUUGGUGGCGUCCAAAUUUUGAUCCACCUCGAGUAAAUUAA